AUGCUAAAAUACUCCAAGUUCAUGAGAGAUUUUCUCACUCACAAAAAGAAGAUUGAAUCCAUCCAACAAGUCAACUUGAGUGAAGAAUGCUCGGCGGCACUCCUCAACAAACUCCUACAAAAGAAGAUUGAUCCCAGAAUUUUUACCAUUCCUUGCUCCAUUGGAGGAUCACCGGUAAGCAACACAUUUUCCGACCUAGGGGCUAGCAUUAAUCUAAUGCACGCCUCUAUGUUCAACCUAUUCAGACUAGAAAAACCGCAUCCUACAAAGAUGAGCAUCCAACUUGCGGAUAGGUCGCUAAAAUACCCUCAAGGUGUCAUAGAUAAUCUUUUGGUCAAGGUCGGAGAAUUUGUUUUCCCGGCCGACUUUGUAAUCCUAGAAAUGGAGGAAGGCACCGAAAUCCCGCUCAUACUAGGAAGACCAUUCCUUGCCACCGCACGAGCUAUGGUGGAUAUGAGUGAUGGAAGAUUAACAAUGAGGGUAUGUGACAAGGAAGUGAAGUUUGAAGUAGGACAAUGUGCGAAGGAGGACCCGGUCAAAUACCUCAAAGCAAUAGACUCACGCCUAGACUACGGUGUCGCAACCCCCGACCCCUACCCCGGGAGCGGGCGGCCGCGAGGACAGUUUAGUGGUAUCGGUGUUUAUUAA